AUGAGAAAAAAAAGGCUGAAAAUUUUCAGUCAAUCGCUCAAAAAUUUUCGUUCGAAAAAACCCGUUGGAAAGCACCAACAAAAAUUUUUACGUACGGGAAAGAAUAACAUCACACAUAACGAGAUGAUGAUGUUCUCUUCUUCUUCUUCUUCUUCUUCUUCUCCGAGGAGAGUACUUUUGUUGCGGCCUUCUUGUCGCGGUGGUAAUGAGAAGACGAGGAACGAGAACAGUCCUUUUCGAGGAGGAGGAAAAGGAGGAAAAGGAGCGCGACGAACACCAACAACGACAACGAGGACGAGGAGGUUGUUAACUUCUGCUGCUGCGUCAUCGAAGGAAUCAUCGUCCUCUCCGUCGGAAAAGAAGACGAAGACGAGUAAAAGCAGCAGCGAUACCAUCACCAAUAUUAAUACCACCACGAACACAAAGAAAAAGAAAGGAGAGAAAGAGCGUCAGCAGAAGAUAAAGGAGUACUGGAAAGACCGACGGAAAGUGGCGUGCCAAGAGAACGAUCCGAUGUGUUUAGAUAUCAUGAGAACACCGAUGAAGUCGUUCGACGAGAUGGAGGAGGAAGAGCAAGAGUUAAACGCACUCGCGCCGGAGUUUAUGGACGGGGACGUCGUUUUGGGGAAAGUGAACGACGUGCCUUCGUUUCCAGUGUUUAAAGGGGAGAUAUUGAACGCACCGGAGGAGACGUUGAAUGUGGUGGAGUUUACGUUUUCGUGGUGUCGACCGUGUAAGAAGUUCGCGGCGAAAUACGACAUGUUCGCGGAAUAUUACGACAAGGUGAGAUUUUUCAAAGUCGUCGGCGAUAGCGAUCCAGUGUUGGCGACGACGGCGAAGAGCAUGAACGUGACGUCUACGCCGCACUUUUUCUUAUUCCGAGGCGGGAAGAUGGUGGGGUCGUUCACCGGGACGAACGAGGAUAAUUUUCGCGAGGAGCUGGGGUUCGCCAUGAAAGACGAAGAGAAACCUUGA